AUGUUUAUUCAGCCGAUCCCCAUGUGGUGGGGAAGCAACGACAACUGGGCUUAUCUGGUUGUCGAUGAUGAGAGUCGCGACGCUCUCAUUAUAGACCCUGCAAAUCCUGAAGAGGUCAUUCCGGUUCUCACUGCAGCUAUUCAGUCGAACAAACUCAAUCUUGUCGCUGUAAUAAACACUCACCAUCAUUGGGAUCACGCUGGUGGAAACGAAGAGAUUCUAGCUGCACUAGGUAACCCCAAACUGGACAUUAUCGGAGGCAAGGACUGUGAAGGAGUCACGAAAACUCCAGGUCAUGGUGAGACAUUCAAGAUUGGGAACAUCACGAUAACUAGUAUACAUACGCCAUGUCAUACGCAGGAUAGCAUCUGUUUCUUCUUCCAAGAUGGGGAUCAAAAGGCAGUUUUUACAGGCGACACCUUGUUCACUGGCGACACGACAGGAUGUGGGAGGUUCUUCGAGGGGACUGCAGAGGAGAUGCAUGUGGCGCUCAACAAGCAUCUUGCAUCGCUUCCAGACGAUACAGUCGUAUUUCCCGGUCAUGAGUAUACUCGAAGCAAUGCCAAGUUCGCGGUCUCUGUAUUACAGAGUAAACCAGUGCAGCAGCUUCUGAGCUUCUCUGACGCAAACCCCGUCACAAUGGGCAAGUACACGAUAGGACAUGAAAAGGUCGCGCAGAAGUCCCAUGGGUUUGGUUGCGAGCACUUGACUGAUAUUCUUUGUUUAGCAACAUAA